AGCACGGGUCUUAGGGCUAUAUGAUAAUACGAAUUCUUCGAAGUGAGUUGUGGAACGCCCAAUUGAUCUUUGAUCUUUUCAUCUGUUACAUCUGAAAACUUUUUGCUUCUCAUCAACGGUAGACGGAAAAAUGGCCGGCGGAGGAGACCACUCUCAUGGUGGAGAUUUCAGGACUAAGGUCUGGAGUAUGAGUGGUGGGCCGUACUGUAGGCCCGUACAUUGGAAACGCAAUACCGCAAUUGCCCUCGCCGGAAUCGUACUCGUUUGCAUUCCUGUCGCCUUGAAAUCUGCCGAGCUCGAGCAAAGGCCACAUCUUCCAGUCCGCCCCAUUCCUUCUCAGCUAUGGUGCAAGAACUUUGGAACAAAAGACUACUAGUUUUGUUAGUGAAGCAACGAUAGUAGCUUGCUGUGGGGAAGAUGAUCGAUCACCUUGCCUUCUGUAUUUGGAUUCUGAACUGCAUUUCAUGGUUACUUUUUAUUUGAAAUAGCGUGACAUAUAAUGACAAUGUUCCAUUGAAUAAACAUGAUACCGCGUGCUCUUUUUACAACUGAUUAAAGCCUGUCAACAAACUUUCAUGAUGGUCGUCUUUGAAGUAUUGUUCGUCUUGCUCAUCCACCAUGUACCACCGUGCUUUCUAUCUAAGUAGAUCCAGAAGAAGCUAAAUAAGUGAA